AUGCGGCCUCUACGACUGCUCCUCUCGCUGUCCUCGUGCCUGAUCUUCAUUAUAGUCCUAUCCUUCGUCGCCGCUUCCAAGACGAGGUCCGUCUCUGCAGCACGCGACCGCAACCACCGCCUUGGAGCCUACUUUAGCUGGAACUCUCCUUCGUCGCUGUUCCCGCCCUCAGCUAUCAUCAGCUUGACCGACGACAACUCGACAUUCUUCCUCGCCCGCCCUGCUGCUUUUGGCCCGCCGUUACCUGGAAGAGGCCUGAGCGGCCAGAUUUGGAUAGGCGCCGGCUUUGGUGACGACAAUCCUGGUCAUGGAGGUAUCGCUGGAGCAGAAGGAGAGCUCGGUUGUAGCGAUGUGCCAGGAUGGAGUGACGGCGAACAUUCCCCUCCAAACUUUGAGACCAUCCCUCAGGAUGUCAAGAGCAAGAACUCGGCAACACCAGAUGCCAAGGGCAGCAAGAACAAGAGGAGUUUGGCUUCAGAGGUUCAAGCAGACAGUGGCGCUGCAGACGUCCAGGUUGAUGGAACAGACGACCACCUUCAUCAACCCCUAUCACCCUCUUCCGACAUCGGCUCCGCCCAGAUGAAACAGUCGGCAAAGAAUGCGAAGAAACCCGGUCAUGCAGACAUUCAAUCACUUCAAGAGACGGCAGAGAUAGCAGGCAAAGUCGUGCUGCUGACUCGAGGUGGUUGUGGCUUCCUGGAGAAGGCCAAGUGGGUACAGAGAAGAGGAGGAGUUGCUUUAAUCGUGGGCGAUGACAUGCGUGGAGGACCACUGGUGACCAUGUACGCCAGGGGCGAUGUAUCCAACAUUACCAUCCCGUCCAUCUUUACUUCACACACCACUGCCCAUCUCCUCUCCAAGCUGGUUCCCUCAGGAGGCUUCCGUGAAGGUCUGUCUGCUCAGGAUGCUGCGCGUCUAGGCCUAGGCUUGCCUUCAAGCGGUAGUCCCGCUGAAAAGAAUAAGAAGAAACAAGACUCGACCAGUACUAGACCUACUCAUUCUCCGGUUCCCAACCGCCAAAACGAAGACGACGAAGAAGAGUCGGGAAGCUGGCUAGGUUCUCUAUUCUCGUCCUCGGAUGAGGAUCGCCACGACAGCAGGAGACCACCCAGCAGCGGUAAGAUUGACUGGAUUCUGCAGAAGGACUUUGAGGAUGAAACUCCGAAGAAGCCCAAUACCAGAUCUACCACCACUAUCAGACCUGUCAAACAGACCAAGACCCCCAACAGUGAUGAGUUUGUCAUCGGUGUCCACGAUUGGCGGGAUCCAGACUUGCUUGAUCCACAGUUCAACGCUGCUGAGACGGUGUCGAGCAAGUUACCCAAGUCGGUUGAACAGAAUUCUGCUGCACCUCAUGCAGGUCCUAAAGGUGGCAGCAUAACUCCUGGGAGCGGAGAAUAUCACCAGGCUGGUGAGAAGCCAAUCAACCUCAAGGUACCUAAAAAGUCCGGGAAGAGUAAAUCGGAUCUCAAGAAGUCGGCCCCUGACAGGCCAAACUCAUGGAUUGGUCGUCUCGUUGGUUCGAGUGAUGAGAGAAUCACCAAUUCCGAGAACGUCAAAUCACCACACGUCAUAUCGCAAGUCAACAGUAAGCCUGUUGUCAAGGCUACUGAUGAGCGCGACAACACUGAUGAGUCGCACGAUGGCCUGUGGGUAACUUUGACUCCUGCAUCUAUGUCUUCUUCGCCGUUUUUCGAUACCCUACUGGUCUUGGUUGUUUCGCCUCUUGUCACCUUGACUAUUGUCUACGCCUUACUAUUGCUUCGAUCUCGCAUCCGUCGCAGAAGAUGGAGGGCUCCCAAAUCUAUUGUUGACCGUUUCCCUGUAAGGAUUUAUCAUACCGUUCCCAGCAGCAACAGCUCCAAUGCUCCGGAAACUGCCGCAGCAUCUCCUGGGUCACCUACUCAGACUACACCCCUUCUGCACGCUGGACCGCGACCUAUCUCUCAGACAAGGUCAAGACCAAGAUCUCGUACUGUCAGUGGAGUGCCCGUGACCAGUUCCAGCCCUGCGGACAGUCCGAGCCUGGAUCAAGUGCAGGAGAAGCGUGAGGCUGGACUAGCUGAGUGGCGUAGGAGGUAUGGCGGCAGACAACGUGACUGUGCCAUCUGUAUUGAUGAGUUUGAGGAUGGCGUCAGCCGUGUAAUGAGCCUACCUUGCGGCCACGAAUUCCAUGUCGAUUGCAUUACUCCAUGGCUCACAACCCGCCGCCGUACAUGUCCCAACUGCAAGGCUGAUGUCGUGCGUUCAUUCGGUCGCGGUGGAGCUUCCUCAUAUUCGUCCUCAUCAGCUCAACCACUCCUCGCUCACUCGCACGACGAAUCGCUAGAUAUUGAUGACGUGCAAGAGCAAGCAGUCAACACCCACAAUUACGAUAAUGAGCCAAUUGCUGAUCUGGAACAAGGUAGCGUUGAUCCCGAUCGUACAAGAUGA